UCACUGUCUAUAAAUUCACGCCCUGUUCGUGUUAUCUCCAAAAUUUGUACUACUCCAUAUCUCAAUUUCUCACGCACUCUCUCCCUCCUUUCAUGGAUUCUCAAUCUCCUUCAGUUGAAAGCUUAGCUCAGAACUCAUCACAAAACUUAGCUUCCUACGAUCAAUAUCCUCCGCAAAAUCACAACAACAAUUACUCCGAUCCAUAUUCUCAAAACCCUUCAGAAACCCUAGCUUCUUCCUAUCCGCAGGAUUCGAGCAAUCAAAACUCUCAGGAAAACCCUAAUCACGAGACUCAGGUUCAGACGCCUGACAAUUCCGGUUCAAAUCAAGCAUCAGAGGAGCAAAAACUCCGCGAUUCGAUUCAGAAGCGCGAGCUGCAGAGGCCGUUGCUGUCGGAAAAUGGAUUGACGAACACUCACAGCGGCACCGACAGGGACCAAUCAGGCGGUGAGGAAGAAACCAGCAGCAGAAGGAGACGUAGGAGCCGCUGGGACCCACCUCCGACUGAAGAUGGGACCAGCGGUGGUGAUGGAGGAAGUGGGACUGGUGGAAGGAAGAGGAAGUCGAGGUGGGCAGACGAUGAGCCCAAGCCUGUGAUUCAAUUGCCCGAUUUCAUGAAAGAUUUCACUGGAGGUAUUGAGUUUGAUCCUGAAAUCCAAGCUCUUAACAGUAGGUUACUUGAAAUUAGUAGGAAAUUGCAAUCUGGUUUGCCCUUAGAUGAUAGGCCUGAAGGUGCUCGGUCGCCUUCCCCUGAACCUAUAUAUGAUAACAUGGGAAUUCGUAUAAACACUAGGGAGUACCGUGCCCGAGAAAAAUUGAAUAGGGAGAGACAAGAGAUUAUAUCGCAAAUCUUAAAAAAGAACCCGGCUUUUAAGCCACCAGCUGAUUAUAGGCCUCCGAAGCUUCAGAAAAAGCUCUACAUUCCCAUGAAGGAGUACCCUGGUUAUAAUUUUAUUGGGCUGAUUAUUGGUCCAAGAGGGAAUACUCAGAAGAGGAUGGAAAAGGAGACAGGAGCUAAGAUUGUAAUUCGAGGCAAAGGGUCUAUCAAGGAGGGUAGGUUGCAGCAAAAGGGAAAUUUAAAGCCUGACCCUUCUGAGAACGAGGACUUACAUGUGUUAGUGGAAGCUGAGAACCAGGACUCACUUGAGGCUGCUGCUGCUAUGGUGGAGAAGCUCUUGCAGCCUGUUGAUGAAGUGCUUAAUGAACAUAAGAGGCAGCAGCUUAGAGAACUUGCUGCUUUGAAUGGAACAAUUAGAGAUGAGGAGUUUUGUAGACUAUGUGGCGAACCAGGGCAUAGGCAGUAUGCAUGUCCUUCUCGCACCACAACCUUUAAGAGUGAUGUUCUGUGUAAAAUUUGUGGUGACGGGGGGCAUCCCACUAUCGAUUGUCCAGUAAAAAAUACUACUGGCAAGAAAAUGGAUGAUGAAUAUCAGAAUUUUCUGGCAGAGUUGGGAGGUACAGUUCCCGAAUCAUCUACGAAGCAAAGCUCAGCCACGCUAGCUCUUGGACCGGGAAACUCAGCAGGCAAUCCUCCUUGGGCUAGCAAUAAUAAUGCUGGUGGUGUUGGUGCCUCUUCACAUCCUGGCUUAGGGUCAAGUGUGAUCAAGCCAAAGGAGUUUGACGAGACAAACUUGUACAUCGGUUACUUGCCACCUACUCUUGAUGAUGAUGGUUUGAUCAAUUUGUUCUCUCCCUUUGGUACCAUUGUUAUGGCUAAAGUUAUAAAGGAUCGCCUAAGUGGUCUGAGUAAAGGUUAUGGAUUUGUUAAGUAUGCAGAUGUUCAACAAGCUAAUAGUGCUAUAGCUAGCAUGAAUGGCCAUCGUCUUGAUGGGAGAACCAUUGCUGUGAGAGUUGCAGGUAAACCGCCUCAGCCUACCGUGCCUCCGGGCCCUCCUGCUCCGGCAAUGCCUUUAUAUCCGGCUCCUAAUCAGGGCAUGGGUGCAUACCCAUCCCAGCAGUAUGCAGCGGGUGGUCCCAUUGGCAAUACCCCCGCUGGUGGCUAUCCUCCACUUGGGGCUCCAGUUCCAUGGGGACCACCUAUGCCUCCACCAUAUGCCCAGUACCCACCUCCCCCUCCUGGCUCAGCCAUGUAUCCUCCUGUCCCAGGUCAACCCAUCCCUCCAUAUGGAAUGCAGUAUCCUCCUCCAAUUCCACCAGCAUCUUCUGGUGCUGGUCCUCCUGCUCAGACUGUUUCUUCAGGUGAAAACCAACAAACCUACACAUCAUCUGGUGAGACACAGCAAAGUUAUCCUCCUGGAGUGCAAUCUCAGAGUAGUGCACCCCUUCAAUCAGUUCCAACUUAUGUGUACGGCAAUUCUGCCACUUCAAUGCCACCUAAUGCUCAACCUGCAUAUCCAACAUCUUCAUACAGCUAUCCAUCUUAUUAUGGUGUCGCACCACCAGCUCCUCCUCCAUCUGCAUCCCAUUCCAAUGGGGACCAUUCACAGGGUAUGGGCAAUGUUCCUUGGGCUCCAAAUCCACCAGCACCCUCACCUCCAUCAUCUUCAGAGAAGCCUGCCUAUGGUGCGGAUGCAGAAUAUGAGAAGUUCAUGUCAGAGAUGAAGUGAUGACAGGAUUGCUGUAUCGCCCUGCAAUAUUAGGCUGAUGUGUUGGAGCACUUCACCUGAUUUCUUUCCUCUUGCCGUGACUUAUUUGUUGGAAGUUUCAGACUCACAUCUUUAACCUUGUUGUACUGUUAUGCAGAGAGAUGAGACCUUCAGUUCAUUCAGCUUGUGUUGGAGCAUUUAAUCAGUGGAUUAUGGAAUAUUAAUUAUGCUUUUUGUAGGACUCGUUUUGGGGGUUGCUCCAGCAUAUGUUUCUCAAAUUUUGUUUUAAUGAUUUGUUUGAAUCUCUUGUUUACUAAUCACUGACAGUUUGUCUGUUUUGUGUGUUUC